AUGGCUGUCGCAGCUCAACCACACGUCAAUCCAGGCUGGGGCCGUUGGCCUCAGCACACACCAUCAAGCUUCCCCGUCAUGGGCUCCCCGGGAUUCACGUCCUAUGAUCCCAGAUCUCAAGUCAGCAGCCAGAUACAGCGCCAAGUAUCUCCUCCGUAUCUAAUGGGCUCAACCUACAAUCACUCCCCAAUAUCUACCGUUUCGCCUCCCCAAUAUCACAGCCACAGCGCAUUUUCUUAUAUGCCAUACCAUAGCCCACCACCAUCAACUCCUCUCGGCGCACCGUUUAAGACGGAAUUCCGAGAGCAUCCUUACAUGGUCACGGAGGCCUCUGCUGUCGACCAACGCAAUCUCCAGUCGAUGAAGGAAUACCAGCCCUAUUCCCCUAUAUCGAGAAGGGAAUCGGUUUCUUCUAAUAGCCAUAGCCACUUUACUCCAGGUCCCGCUACUCCAGGUUCUUUCGCUUCAGGUCCCAUUUCUCUUAGUCCAAUCGCUCCGAGUUCCCUCAUUGCAGCUCGACUUGACAACUCUAAGACACUUUCUUAUAACGAAACACUUGAUCCAGCGGAUAAGAUCGACUUCAAAACGGAUGUUGACGAGCUUAUGAAGGCUAUACAGGGGUCUCGAUCAAAGGGAGAGUAUGAGCAGCUUCCCACGCCUGCCCCUACGCCAGAGUAUGUUGCGACACCCCCUUCGACGCUUCCUACCCAGAGUGGAAAGCCCAGAAAGCAGUGGAUAUGUGAUGGCCCCAACUGCGGCAGAGCCUUCACCCAAAAGACGCAUCGUGAUAUUCACCAACGAACACACACUGGCCAUAGACCAUAUGUCUGCGAUAAGGCCAAUUGCGGUCUUACCUUUUCCCAACGCGGAAAUCUUAGGACUCAUAUACGCCGCCAUACGGGCGAAAAACCGUACCGCUGCAGUCAAUGUACCAAAUGCUUUGCUCAGCGAGGAAAUCUCCGAUCUCAUGAAGAGACUCAUAAAGGCCUGAAGCCAUUUAUUUGCCGACUUGAUGACUGCAACAAGGCAUUUUCUCAACUAGGCAAUAUGAAGACUCAUCAAAACAAUUUUCACAAGGCCACACUUAAAAAACUUAUCGCCCUCUUUGUACAAUUCUCAGAGGAAGGCGAAGUGCCUGAGGCCUAUCGAGAGCUUUUUGAUUAUUUUCAGAAGCACUACAAAAACAGCAACAAGGGCGUUAAAGGUCGGGGAAAGACUCGCGCCGUGACGGCCCGCGGGCCCCUCCAUUCUGUCGCCUCUCAGGUAUCUCAGCUGGCUCUACCAACCCAAGACCCUAUGGUGUCGUCUUCGCCAUACACCAUCCCCCCGGGUUCCACCAACAUCUUGAGCAGUGUGCUUCGCAACCCCAACCCCUCCUACAGCCUCUAUGGGCCUGGAUCACCACCACAAAUGGGGUCGUCAAGCCACUUGCCAUAUUAA